UACGAUCAGCAGCAACCCCAACCAUGGAGAGUUGCUUGUCAGUACAGCACCUUGAGUAGCGUUUUGCGAGUGAUCCGACAGGGAAACACGGUGUGGUUCCACUGUAGAGCUAAAUAAGAGAAAUAAUGGCGGAAAAUCAGCAGAAUGGACGUGACUCUUCGCCCAAUGACGUCGCCAAGCAGAACAUGCACAAGGUCCGCGAUGCAGUGAAGAGUAUCCAAACGCGAGAGUCAGUGCUCACUUCCCCCGUACCGAAACCACGACGAUUCUCCCCCGCAUCCUCCCCAACGCUAUCUACAUAUAAAAUCCCCUCCCCGGUCCCCGAGAGGGUUAAAUUGGAGGGGUCCACAGUGACCCCCCCAUCCAGUCCAAUGAGACGGAGAUCUGAGGGGUUUAAGAACGGUGUGGGGGACAGUCGCCCGAAGCCGCCCAUCCGGAAACGCCGAAAGAAAUUUGCAACCGAUGACAACGAUGUGGUGGGCACUAAUAGGAACUCUGGAGAAGUGGGCGUUAAUAGGUACUCUAUGGAUCCCUCUGACUACGUGAAUCUUAGUUUCUCUGAGGGAAACAUGGAUUUAGCAGGAGAAGGAGAGAAGAAAGAUGGAGAGACGGUGACCAAAGGGGCCACACUGCAAAGCCAACAAAAAGUUGCGGCGGAAGGGGGAGAGGGAGGAAGAGAAGGGAGGGAAGGAGGUGCUGCGGGCGAAAACAGCGAGAGAGGGAGAUUUGAAUCGUUUGUGGUGGUUGCUGUUGAGGAGGGAGCGAGAGCUUGCAAUGUAGCAUCUCCCGAUAUUGUAAGUGUCCCCGAAGAAGGAGAAUAUGGGGAGAGUGACGGAAAACAGCGAGCGUCAUCUGAUCCUUCGAGCGCCAAUUGCGGGACUGCCUCCCCCGAUGAUGAUGUUGUCCUCAGUCCCAUAACGACGGGGACUUCCCCCUCAGACUCCCAAUCACCUGUCGCCACGGAGACUGUUGCCGAGGGCGAUGUCUCCACCCGACAACCAGUACCGCCACAGCAACAGACGAGAUUCGGACUAGGUGGCAGUUUCUCCGUUCACCAAUCGGGGAAGAAGAAGCCGCCUCCUCUUCCUGCACCCUACCAGUCUCGCCCUCCCCCUGUUCCCACCAAACUCCGCUCAGUGCGACGACAGCACACUGAACCCGCCACCGCCACGGAUACCGUCGCUGAUGGUAACGGUAGCAGACCCAUUGCCACGGCAACCACCAACGAUCACGGAAUUCCAACGGCGGUCACCACGGCGCCGACCCCUACUGACACAGGAGCGGCGAUUAUGCACAGACAGUUGUCUCUGGGGAGUGGUCUCCAACCUCCACGAGCCCCACCCCCUCGUCCUCCGUCCCCUCAGCGGCUCCGCAAGUCUUCCCCGAAUCUCUCCGUCGGUGCCGUGGAGAGACAGGGACUGUCCCCCCCGGCCUCCAUCAGGGAGGGAGCAGAGUCCCCGGGGACCAGUUCUGGGGGGUCCGGCGUGGUGAGUCCGCUGACCCCCGGGAACUCAGUAGAAGUACGGGUCUUGACGAGUCGCCCGGAUACCAUGCCGAAACACCUUAGCUCCGGUUCCUCGGACAGUCUGGAGUUGAGCGAGUCCAUCAGCAAUCGCCACAGUACAAUAGGCGUUUCAAGGCUGAAGCCUAAGGUUCGGAGCCUGCCCAGCGGUAAACCACAUUUGAAGGGGACACGCCCACUUUCGGACGCUUCACUCAAUCUCCUGGAUGGAUAUGAUGUGCUGCUGCCGGCAGGUCAUCUACAAGAUGUGAUGAAGUCAGUCAUUACAAAUGACGAGAGAAUGCAAGAAGCCAACAUAUACGAGGUGGUGCAGGCAUGCAUGAAGGCCAUGCCUCAUGUCACGUCUACUCGAGAGCUGCCCCCACUGAUCCCUGGAAUGCCGACUGACACGAGGUCAAAGGUCAUCCACGAGCUCUAUACAACAGAGUAUACAUACGUUCAUAGCCUCGAGACAUUAUCAGAGGUGUUCAAGGACCCUCUGGCUACAGUACUGGGCGAGGAGAGUGGAAGAAUCUUUGCCAACGUAGACGACAUUCUCGCUUUCAACAAGGGAUUUCUGGCACUCCUGCAUUCCAGAUUGUCGUCAUGGACACCAGAGUCUCUUCUGGGAGACUUGUUCAUUGGAAUGUUCACGCAGUCCCACAGAAGUAUGUAUGCAAUCUACUGCAGUAACUACGAUUCAGCUGAGUUACUGCUUCACCACAAAAAAAAGAAAAAAGAAUUCGAACAACAACUUUCGGUAUGUUUGCAGAACCCUAGAGUAAUGCACGGACUGACUCUAGCUGCAUAUCUCAUAACACCGGUCCAGAGAGUUCCGAGAUAUAUACUACUGCUCAAGGACAUCAUCCAAAGGACCCCAGAUGACCAUCCUGACUACCACAACCUACUCACUGCUAAAGCUGCAAUGGGUGAACUUGCUGACUACAUCGAUGCACAAAUCAGAGAAUCUCAAACCAAGAAAACCUUCGACAGUCUCAAGAACAAAGUGGUCGGACUAGCUGACCUUGAAUCACGUGACCGCUCCCUCGUGAAAGAGGGCCAAUGUUUCUUGAAGAACAUCAAGAAACUGUACCAGUGUAUCUUGUUCAACGACCUCCUUGUGUUUGCCCACGGUGACUCCAGACAGAGCAAGGUCCAACUCCAACUGUCUCUGGAAGGAGUGUGGGUCGAAGAUCUCGAAGAUCUGGACCCACAGACAAGUAACCAGGACGCCAUAGAGAUCUACACACCAGACAGACCGUACACCGUCUACACCCAGACCAGCUCCGAGAAGAAGCUGUGGCUGACAAAGUUGCGAGAGACGAUCUACCAACUGCUGCUGAAGGACGGCAAGUGCACUCGCAGCAGUGGGCUGGAUACAGAUCAGAGAACUGCCACGUUUGUGUACACAGACGGACGGCUAUACACUGGCAACUUUACCUGUGCCAGGAGACAUGGAAAAGGCACGAUGGUGUGGCCCGAUAGUUCGAAAUACAUCGGCGACUGGGUCUACGACGAGCGUCACGGAGAGGGACAGUUCACGUUCAACACCAGAGAAGUUUACGAUGGAAGAUGGGUUGAGGACAGAAUUACUGGAUACGGCAAGAUGACGUUUGCCUCAGACGACAAGUACAUUGGUUACUGGAAAGACGGAACGAGACAUGGAAGGGGUAAAAUUGUGUACUCCAACAGAGAUUUCUUUGAGGGGAACUUCAAGGAGGGCCAGAUUGAGGGGGAGGGGACGCUGAGAUGUCGGAAUGGUCUUGAGUACAUUGGACACUGGAAACACUCACAGCGUCAUGGACACGGCAGACUGAGAACAGUACUAGGCAACACGUACGACGGAGAGUUCUCCAGAAACCAGAUCCACGGUACUGGCAGAAUGACCUACUGUAACGGAGACUGCUAUGAUGGACAGUGGAAGGCUGGCACGAGACAUGGGCAGGGGAAGCUGACGUCCAGGAGAGAAGGGGUCUACGAGGGGGCGUGGUUCAGCGACCUGCGCCAGGGGAAGGGCCGACAGGAGUAUCCAAAUAAGGACGUGUACCAAGGAACCUGGGAACUAAACCUGAGACACGGUAAAGGUGUCCUGGUGUUUGCAUCCGGAGAGAGGUACAGCGGAGAUGUUUCGUAUGACAUGAUCAGUGGGGAGGGAGAGAUGGUCUAUACUGACGACUGCCGCUACAUUGGACAGUGGAUGAAUGGACUGCGCCACGGACAGGGCAUCAUGGUCUACCACGAGACUUCGUCGAUGAAAUCAACGUUCAACGGAGACUGGCGCUACGGGUUACGGCACGGUCAGGGCGAGCUGGUGAUGUUCGACGGAUCGGUGUACCGCGGACUGUGGGAGAACGAUAAACCGCACGGCAAAGGAAACUACUCUGUACCGACAGCAAACUAUUACUAUUCCGGUGAUUGGGUGGAGGGGAAGAAGGAGGGUAAGGGAGAAGAGAACUCUCAACUGGGGCUGCACUACAGAGGCCAGUGGAAGGCGGACCAGAAGUGGGGACCUGGGGAAGAAAAGACACUCGUGGGAACCACUUUCACAGGUCACUGGGAGAAGGACAAGAAACAUGGCCGUGGGUCACGCAAGACUGUCACUGGAUUUGUGCAGGAACAGGUGUGGCGUUCAGGUUUUCAAACCAACGAUCCCCACAGAAGAACAGCCAUUGAACUACCACAGCUAUCAAGACUUGAUUACUAGCGUUGAUCAGAUGCAAUUUUAUUUUUUAAAGUUUUUGUGUCGCAUUAUAAUUAUUGUUUGUCUGCAAUUGUAACAGCAGUGCAUUAAAAAUAUUGGCUGAUUAUUGCUGGUUUUGGCAG